GAGAGAAUGAGAGAAUACAAGAAAGUAAGGAAGUGAGCGAGUGAGUGAAUCAAAGAAAGAGAGUACAAGGCAGGUAGUGAAUGAGAAAGGCAGAAAGAGAAUUCGAGACAGGGAUUGAGAGAGAGACAGAGAGGGAGAAAGAGAGAUAAUAUGACACAGGGAACGAAAGACUGAGAGUGAGCAACAUAGAGAGAGAAUACAAGUCAGGGAAUGAAUAAGAGAGAGAGAGAAAGAGAGAGAGAGUACAAGACAGGGAUUGAGAGAGAGAGUGAAUAUGUAAAAGAGAAAGAGAGAGAGAAUACGAGACAGGGAGCGAGAGAGAGAGAAUAUGAGAGAGCGUUGCAUCCAGCUGGAGAGAGGAGGAGGUGGAGAACGCACACUGCUCUCCUCAGAGCGCAUAAUGAACACAGGAUGACAGAGAGGAGAGGCGGCACCAGAACCCCCAGGAAACUUUCUUUCGUACCAGUGUGAGAAAAAGAGAGAGAGAGCGCAUCAGGUAGAGGAGGGGACAGCAGAGCAGCAGGGCUGAGAGAGGAGAGUCCAGUGUUCAGAUAAGAGUUCACAACAGCAGGAGCAGCAGAAGGACAAGCUGCUUUGACCUCCAGGCUACAGCGCUUGUGCUGAGCAGGAAAACUCGCUGAAAAAUGGAUUUCUGAGGAUUUUCUGCAAUGCUGCUCUUCAGCCUUCCAGUUUUAUACUGUGUGGUGCGUGUGCCUCCGAAGGUGAGGUGUGAGCCGCUGACGACACGUCCCAGAUGUUUGACGCACUGAACCGGAACACCAGCUCUGCGUGUGCUGACGUCUUUAACCACGCUGCAACCAAAGCAGCCAUCUAUGGGACUUUCUCAAGAUGUUGACUACAGGCCGGCGUCCGAACCUGGGGGCACCAUGGCCAGUAAUGUGACGUACAGUGAAGGGCCAGACGAGGCCCAGGAACAGUACAACUACCUGGCGUUGGUGUGUGGCGUGCCCCUCAUCCUCAUCAUAAUCCUGGGCAACGUCCUGGUGUGCCUCAGCGUACUGACCGAGAGGUCCCUCAAGACCGCCACCAACUAUUUCAUCGUGAGCCUGGCUGUGGCAGACCUGCUGCUGGCAGUUCUAGUCCUACCACUCUAUGUGUAUUCGGAGUUUCUUGGAGGAAAGUGGACUCUGAGCAUGUAUAUUUGUGAUGCUUUGAUGACCAUGGACGUGAUGCUCUGCACUGCUUCCAUCCUGAAUCUGUGCGCCAUCAGCGUCGACCGGUACAUUGCAGUGGUGGUUCCUCUGAAAUACAACCGGAACCAGUUCAGCGUUCGUCAGCUGGCCCUGAUUACAGCCACGUGGGUGCUGUCCCUGGGUGUGGCCAGUCCCGUGAUAUUUGGCCUGAACCAGGUGCCGAACAGGAACACGCACGUGUGCAAGCUGGAAGACAACAACUUUGUGAUCUACUCGUCUGUGUGCUCGUUCUUUGUACCCUGCCCUGUGAUGCUCCUGCUGUACUACUGGAUGUUCAGGGGCCUGAAGCGCUGGAGCUCGGGACGUAGCCGCUCGCACCUCAACCGGCCCUCGGGGGGGCGCCACAGCCUGUCCCUGCGGCUGGGGGCGGCACUGCAGAGGGAGAAGGGCAGGGCCAGGGAGAAGGUGGUGUACCUUAUGCCGGGGGGCCUCAGCCCCACCUCGCUCUCUGCCACUCCCGCUAGUCCACUGUCACCUACCAGCCCUGUUACCCUGAGCACAGACGAGCAACCGGAGGGGCAGAGCCCGAUGGCCGACACCGACCCCAUGACCACGCAGAUGGACAGCGUUUCAGACGCAGAGAACGUGGAGAAAGCCACUGAGGAUGGAAGCUUGAGAGAGAACGGCUUGGAGAAGAACCACGGGUCCCACAGAGUGAGGAGGCACAGCAAGAGCAGCAGAGUGAGCGGACGAGAACGCAAAGCCAUGAAGGUGUUGCCUGUCGUAGUAGGUGUGUUCCUGGCCUGCUGGACUCCCUUCUUUGUAGUUCACGUGACCAAAGCACUCUGCGAGUCAUGUGACAUCGGACCAACGCUGAUCAGUGUGGUCACGUGGCUUGGUUAUGUCAACAGCGCUGUUAACCCCAUCAUUUACACAGCCUUCAACGCUGAAUUCAGGAACGUCUUUCACAAACUCCUGUGCUGUCGAUCAGGAGACUGAGCCUUUUUUAGGAGACUCCCGUGCAAGGGUCCUUUACCGAGGCUGAAUGGCCACGAGACUUGUGGGAAAAGCCUUGGUGUUGUACACCAGUUCAGCCCUGGUAAUGAAGAGAUGCUGUACGUUGGAAAAUGGAACCUUUAACUCUCAGAAUAGACAGUUAAACUGACAAGAUCAGUCUGUUUCAGAAAAAAAAGAGUGUAUGAUAAAGACAUUCUACAGAGGCCUUAGUUGACAAAACGGAUAAGACUUUUGUCUUGUAAAAUUGUUGCUUAUCCACAAAAGAUUACUGCGUACUGUUGAUAUCAUAGCCCAGAGGCAUAAAAUAUGUGAAAAUGUGCACAUUUGAAAUGACAGUCGUUAGUGUUCAGUAUGUGAUUGUUAUCAGUGUUGAUCUCAUGAUGUUCAAAAUGGUCAGAUGUUCUUUAUUUGCUUUCUUGCAUAUAGACAGUUUGAAUGAAGAUGAUGCGAGUAAUUUAAAAAAACAGUUACAGUGAAGGCAGAAUUGUGGUCCUCACAAACACCUGAUUCACAUUAUUACAUGCCUCACCAAUAAGAGUGAGUUUAACAACACUUUAUUUGUAGGGUAUCCACAUAACACUUCAUAAAGCAUUCAUAAGCAUUGAAUAAUGUAUUUAUAAGCAAUUUUUAGAUAUUUAUGAACAGCUUAUUCCAAUAUUCGCUACAUGACUUAAGACUUGAUUAAGCAUGUCGUGAUAUAACAUGCAUGAGUGUUGCAUAUUAUUUUUUUAAUUUAAUGGAUAUGGUUGAUAAGAGGAAAAACAGAUAUUUAAAGGGGUCAUAUAAUGCAAAAAUUGGUAACACUUUAUAAUAACGUUCAUUAAUAUAUUUUAAACUAAUGAUCAGUAGAUGUGAACAAAGCAGUAGUUCAUCAGAAUUUAAAUAUUAACAAAUUCUUACACAUGACACUUGUUUAUCAGCAUGGAUAUUUAUAUUAAAAAUGUCAGCAAAUCAUUAGAUCAUCAGAAUUUGAACAUUAAUAAAUCACUAGUAAAUAUGAAUUUUAAACUAGUUAAAGGUUUAGCAAUUGCAGUUCAUGUUGCCAAUGCUUUCAUUAGUAUAUUAAAUGUGAUAGCAACUUUUUAGUUUCUUAAAACGUGAAAUUUACAGUUAUUACUCAGUAGUUAAUGGUAUGUUAAUGAAAGUUAUUAUAAAAUUUUACCCAAAAAUCAAUUUUAUUUCUUUUGUAUUUUCACUUGGUUCUCAACUGCUUCCAUACAAUCAAAAAAAGAAUAAUACAUCCUUUCAUUUUCUGUAAAUCAGUUGAAAAAAAGUUGGUGUCAGGGAUCAUGUGAUUCUAAUAUUUGUUUAGAUGAUUCCUUUAUUGUGAUGUCACAAUAAGAAAACCUAUAUAUAACCACCUUGGCACCACCCCUCACCUUUCCCGAGAAUGGUCAGACAGUACAAAGCAGGAUUAGCCAGCAGAUUUCAUCUGAAGGAGGGAUCUGUACCUACUGUUCAUGGCAAGUCGGGAGAUGAGGAAGAUGUAAGCACUUUCAAAUAAUGAGUCAUGUGCUUAUAUUGCAGCUAAGCCAUUUAGCACAAGCUAACACUAGUGUGCGGUAAAUUCUAAUGGGUCGUGGCUAGCAACAGCUUAAUGGCAUAAAAGUGACAGAGCCCUUAAACAGCUUGUUUUGUAUAGCCCAUAGACCUAUUCUAUAUACAGUGUAUCACAAAAGUGAGUACACCCCUCACAUUUCUGCAGUUAUUUAAGUAUAUCUUUUUAUGGGACAACACUGACAAAAUGACACUUUGACACUUUGCAGCUUAUAUAACAGUGUAAAUUAAUUCUUCCCUCUAAAUAACUCAAUAUACAGCCAUUAAUGUCUAAAAAGCUGGCAGCAAAAGUGAGUACACCCCUUAGUGAAAGUUCCUGAAGUGUCAAUAUUUUGUGUGGCCACUAUUAUUUUUUUCAGAACUGCCUUAACUCUCCUGGGCAUGGGGUUUACCAGAGCUCCACUGGAAUGCUUUUCCACUCCUUCACGACAACAUCACGGAGCUGCCAGUUACUUUAGACUUUGCGCUCCUCCACCUUUCACUUGAGGAUGCCCCAAAGAUGUUCUAUUGGGUUUAAGUCUGGAUACAUCAUCUUUAAUUUCAUCCUCUUCAAUAAAGCAGUUGUCAUCUCAGAGGUGUGAAUUAGAGUUUAUGUGUCCCUCAAUGAAAUGUAGAUUGCGGGCUUUCUUGUGUACAGACUUAAGAAGAGUCUCCCUUCUGAGAUGACAGCCAUGCAGACCAAUUUGAUGUAGUGUGCGCCGUAUGGUCUGAGCACUGACAGGCUGACCCCCAACCUCUUUAAUCUCUGCAGCAAUGCUGACAGCACUCCUGCGCCUAUCUUUUAAAGACAGUAUUUGGAUGUGACGAUGAGCACGUGCACCUUGCUUGUUUGGAUGACCAACGCAAGGUCUGUUCUGAGUGAACCUUGCUAUUUUAAAACACUGGAUGAUCUUGGCCACUGUGCUGCAGCUCAGUAUCAGGGUGUUGGCAAUCUUCUUGUAGCCUUGGCCAUCUUCAUGUAGUGCAACAAUUCGUCUUUUGAGAUCCCCAGAGAGUUCUUUGCCAUGAGGUGCCAUGUUGGAAAUUUCAGUGACCAGUAUGAGAGAGUGUGAUGGUGGUUUGGACCUUAAUGGCUGUAUAUUGAGUUAUUUUGAGGGAAGAAUAAAUUUACACUGUUAUAUAAGCUGCACACAGACUACUUUUUAUUGUGACAAAGUGUCAUUUUGUCAGUGUUGUCCUAUGAAAAGAUAUACUUAAAUAUCUGCAGAAAUGUGAGGGGAAUACUCACUUUUGUGAUACACUGUACUUGUGUUAAAAGAGGUAUAAUAUGCCCCCUUUAAAUAUGAUAUUCAGCACUCAUGCAUUUAUUUCUUGUAACAUGUUUUGUUGGGAGUACUGUCAUAAGCUAUUAAUUAAUAUUCAAGUAUUACUUUAUGAUGCAUUAUUUAAUGCUUAUAAAUGUGCUACAAAGUAGCCUUAAAAAGUGUUAUUUAACAGAAAGGGUUGUCUACUUUAGCUGUAACUUGAAGAGAUUUAACACAGUAUUUUUUUUAUUAUUAUUAUUAUUACACCAGAACUGCUGGGCUGUAUAUAGGGCUGACCAAGUGCUUUUAUUCUUUCUCAGUAUUCAACAUUUUCUCACCACGUUCACUAACAUUCAGCCUGUAGAACAUGUUCGUGUUUUGAGACUCUGCAUUGACAUUAGUAAUUCUGGAGGUCAUGGGUGUUGUUGGAAUUAAAUACUGCUCAUUGGGUUAAUGAAUAGUACAUGUGGUGAUGUGUUGUGAAGAGCCGUAAGUGGAAAGGGUUUUGCAUUACAUAUUGAGGGGAAAUGUCAGUUGCUUCAUUAAAAUGUUGUUUCUGCUCAAUGCAUUGUACAUAUACAAUUUCAUUUUAUCUUUUCAGAAUAAAUAUACAAUACUGGCUAACAUGAUGAGCAAGCUGCUGAGUGGGAUAGAACACCAAAGCACUCCAAAUGGGUAGUUAAAGCAUUGCUGCAAAUGCAGACUCAUUCCAGUGAAUCAUAAACAAUCAAAAUAGCACAAAAA